GACUCUCUUUCUUCAGUUGUCGAACGCGACGACAAGAUGGUUAACCCAAGAAGACCCCGCCCUACGCGGGACACCAUCUCACUCCUCAACCCCGUUGUGGGCCGACUCAUGGCGGCCCCAAGACCUACCCUAGCUAUAAGUAUAGUGACUGCUUACCGUUUCGGUAACAUGUCUCGCCCUCCUCACCCUUCUUUUCCGGGCCAGAGAACCCCACGCUGGCUCAUGGCCAGUAGCCGUCCCUCCGGCCCUCACAAUAUCCCCCUUCCAUCGUCCAGCCCUCAGGAUGUCCCCCUUCCAGCCUCAUCGCCGACCUUGGCUAGCACCAGUUAUGCCACCAGUUAUGCCAGCACCGACUCUUACAUGUCAGGAGCGACCAUCUUGGCACAAGCGACCAUUUUGCCUGGCAACAACAUGAUGGACGAAGAGGGCGAGUCCUCCACCGCGGUAGUUGAUCGCAAGAACGACCCAAGAUUCCAAUCACCCGAGGCCUACUUCGGUCUCCCCCUCAGCGAGAUUGUUGAAGGACCGGAAUACUUCUUGCACCCCUGGCACAAGCUUAUGGAGGAAUCAACUGACUUCCCCUUCUUUAUCUUCAACGCGAUCAGGUAUCCAGCAAAGUCUCUCAACAAAGCGGCGGCAGAAGCCUUCCCCUGGAAGCACGUCGAGACAAUCAGGGCUCCUUGGGUCAACGACGGCAAGCUUAUGCAAUACGACGAAUCACUCGGCUACUGUGUUGAGCAACCCUGCGACGACGUGUCCAAGCUUGACAAAAGCAAGCUCUUCGGCUUCACCCACGAGCUCGACGCCGACGCCAGAUACGGCUGGCUCCAGUUUGAACACGAGGACACCAAACGCUACGUCAAGUACCUAAAGGACAUUGAGACCAAAAUGAAUGCCAUUAAAGCAAGGGGGCAAGAGCUGCAGUUGGAGAACGAGAAAAUCUACGAGGAACUCUCGAGCCUCAGACACAAACUCAACCGCGUGCGCGGCCUCAACGUCCUAGUCGGCAUCCAGAGAUUUCUCGCCCAGGCUCGCGUCAACGAACUCGAAAUGUACCAGGACGAGAACAACCACAAGCUCCGCGAGCUCCUGCGAAAGUACCAUGAGCUGAUGCGCGAGCACCACCGCACCGUGGCCCUGACUCUCAGCUUCGACAGCAUGCAGAUCGCGGACAUCCGUCGCGCCGACAAGAAGCGCAAGGCCGACAACAAGGCAAACGAGGAAGAACAGGAGCGCCUCAUGAACUUCAUCAAACUCCAGAGCCAGAAGGACGAGGAGGAAGAGCUCAAGCGUCUUCACAAAGAAGCCAAAGCCCGCGCCGCCGAUAAAGGCAAGGGAAAAGGUAAAGGCAAGGCAACCGCCGCCGACCUCAACGACGACGACAAUUCCGACGACGACGACCUCCUCGCGGACCUCGAACUUGCCGGGCAACCUCAAACCCUCGCCGCAGCCGGCCGGAUGCUCGACCCUGCUGGGGAGGGUCGCGAUAUCCCCCAGAACGUACCGAGCUGGUUCCCCAUCUUCGACGCCCAACAAAUUGUCCCGCUCCGCUCCGCCCACCCGCGCCAAAGAUUUGACGAGUUGAUGGUCAAGGUGGCGGAGUUGUAUUCUCGGGCUGAGGAGGAGAAGAAGUUUGGUGCUGCCAAGCCCAAGCCGAAGAAGAUCUUCCCCGAGCUCCACGACCCGCACCCCGAGUGGUCGACGGAGUUUAAGUGCGAGAGGGGCGGUUGGUGGUUGUGCAGCGACAAGGAGGACGCUACGCGCCCCGAGAAGGCCUGCAAGCCGUGCAAGGCCGCCAGGGCCGAGGCGGCCAGGGAGGAGAGGGCGAAGAUGGCCCGGGGCAUCUUCCCGGAGGAUGAAGACCGUACUGCAAAGGAGCAGUACGACGAGAUCAACCAGGCGAUGGACCUGGCCAUGGCCCAGGCCCAUGUGGAGGAGGCGCGGGUCUCUACUAGGCAACCAGCUUGAGGAUAGUUGGUGGAUCAUAUAGCCUUAUAUGGCUCAAUGAUUAGUGAAUUUCAACGGAAGUGCGACUACCUUAAAUACGGCGAUACUUGUUCUGCGGUAAAGUGAUAAUGUGAUGAAUUUGUGUUGAAUGUGUGUUGAAUAUCGUGAAUGAUUACCGUGCCGACCGUGAUACCGAUACGUUGAAGUGUUAGUGAGAUAUAUGCCCUGUAGGGUAAUGGUCUAAGAUCAAAGUUAUUGCUUACGGUUGGUUCAAAGUGUAAGAAAUAUGAUGCCUAUGUCUUGGUGGAUGAGUGAUCCCGUGACGUUGUUGAUUGUUG